GGAGGAUGAGAGACCCGCAGUGGGGCACCAAUUGCGCACGCGCUUACGUGAGUCCUCUCCAGUCUAGAGCGCAUCUGAAGGGAAGGAAUUGUCUGCGGAGGCAGCAGGCUGACGAUUUCCAGGACUACAGUCCCCAGAAGGCCUUGUAGCGGAGCAUGCGCAGUGCGAACAAUCGGGCCUGCAGGUGGUGGGGGUCUGGGGAGCAGCUUAGUACAAACACGUUGCUUGGAGGCAGGGCGAGGCCGCUGUAAUCAAGUCCCAGCGCUGCCCCCUCCCCCCCGAGUGUGACCCUCUGGCUCCGGCCUUAUGGAGCAGCGGCCUGAGCGCAAGGUCAUUUUGAAUUCUAAUCCUGUCUUCCAAAGUACUUGCAACCCUAUCAUCUGCAAAUUUUAUAAGGAUAUAAUACACUCCGUUAUCCAAGUCAUUAAUGAAAAUAUUGAAUAGUACUGGAUCCUGCAGGACCCCAUCAGUAACUACUCCGAGUGCAGUGUCUCUGGUUGUACACCCAUCUUACAGUAAAGGUAACCUAUAAAGCAGUGGUUCUCAAACUGUAUUUUUUCCGCGGACCACUUGAAAAUUGCUGAGGGUCUUGGCGGACCACUUAAUGAUCUUUCCAAAUGUUGUUUGUACCAUUAGCUAACUAUUGUAAAGCGCUUUGGAUAAAAUUAACUUUUUUUUGUUCUACAGGUAAAAGCACAUAACUCAUAUUUUCAUGUCAGUAGUUUUACCUUUCAAAUGCCAUGGAUGUGCCCUCUCUCCCCCACCAUGGCAACCCCUGAGCUGGGGCUGGGAAGGAGGGGGGUCUCUCCCCGGCAACCGCAGCCCUGGAGCUGGGGAAAGUCGCCUCUUUUUCUGGCCGCCGCAGCCCUACACAUCCCAAAUUCACCCUACCCCCUCUUCUCACCCCACUGCCCCCACCCCGCUAUUUCCCCCCAAGCUCACCACCUCAUCACCUUACAUGUGUGUCCUCUCCAGGGUCCAGGCUCCUAAUUAGUGGAGCCACGCCUGUGCGGCUCCACUAAUUAGGUGGGUGGCCCUUCAUGGUCUUGUGUCAGCUGCCAAGGCACACACCUUAGAGGGAACUGUCUGCAGACCACCUGAAUGAAGCUCGCAGACCACUGGUGGUCUAUGGACCACAGUUUGAAAACCUCUGCUAUAAAGGACUUUUUAAAACUGGGUUUGCCCUGUUUUGAUUCUUUAACAUAUAAAAGAUAUGUAAUAUUACACUCGCACACACCUCCCCCAAAAAAAACCCUUAGAAAUAUCGUAAGUGUCAAGCGUAGACUUCCCUGGUUUCACAGCAGGACAUGAAGGGUACAGGCUCAUGAAUUUGAAUUGGGAACUCUGUUAUGCUGUAAUUGAAGUGUUAUUUACAUUUUAACAAACACAAAUGAAAAAUAGUUUUAAUCAGGCCUUGAUACCCAGGAAAGAUUUUUUUUUGGUCUAACCUAAAGUGUGAAUUUAAACCAGCGUAGUUAUACUGAUAUACUUCCCCACUCCCCAGAUAAACGCUCUUAGGCCUCAUCUACAUGGGAAUAUUUUUGGUAUAUCUUUAGAUUUUAUUGGUGUAAACUGCCUUGCAUCCACACAUGAAUUAUCUUUUUGUUUCAUUUUGUGUUUUAUCCUGCUAUAAUUAAUCCACUUUGGAUGUGACAUAAUUCUAUUUCGGAAUGAGUGUUAUACUGCUAUAAGAUUUAUGUGGAUGCAUCCCCAUUUUGAAUUACCAGUACUUCUACGGGUAGCCCUCUAACAGCUAUCCCACACUGCAUUGUUUCACAUCUGGAUUGGCCUGUCUGGUUACCUGAGCAGUCUCUGCUGCUUUGGAGUCCUCUCAAGACACUCUCUCUCUCUCUCUCCAUCCCUGGUUUAAAUGAUGGCAUACACACAAGCACAUCUGCUUGUCUCAUCAGGAGAUCCUGGACUUCCUUACUUUCUAGAGCAGUGGUUUUCAACUGUUGGUCCGCGGACCCCUGGGGCUCCACAGACUAUCGUAAGAUUUUCAAAGAGGUCCGUACCUCCAUUUGAAAUUUUUUAGGGGUCUGCAAAUGAAAGGUUGAAAACCACUGCUCUAGAGAGAGGAACAAGUUCAGUCUCAUCCUUCCGGUAGUCACUGGAAUGCAAAUUUAGCAGCGUAAAUGCAGGAAAAGCGGUACUCCCAGAACACGUGCCAGCACUGUGCCAAAGCCUUGGUCUUGGUCUUGUGACAGAGCUACAAAAAUGUCAAAGAGAAAAAACACCUGUCAUAUUGCUCCCAAUAUGUGUGCUGGACUGGAUUUUUUGCUCGAGAGGCCGCCACAAAACUCAAUAUAUGUUGGACAGUUUGGCCAUGGCCCACAAUGAGGCAGACAUGCCUUCAGAAACCGCAUAGGAAACUGGAUCCCACGCAGGAGAAAAUUUCCCUGGACAACACGAUCUCUUUGGUAUGCCUUACUGCCAUCCAGAGAUCCAUUUGGAGACACCACCUGAGACCCAGCCAGAGCGACAGAAUGACAAGGCAUCCUCAUCCAGAACUGUAGCAAGUUCUCACCAGUCAUCAGAAUGCAAAGGAAUUUAAUACAGACUGUGUUUCAGCUGGCACAUCGGACAUGUUUGGUACCACGUCGCACUGGUUUCCUUCAACACUUAAAUGGGAAGCCAGUCUUGCCUCAGACUGGAUGCAAAGUCGUUUUGGCAUUGGGCCCUGAAAAACAGUGUCUCCAUGCAUCUGCUACACUGUGUCUCUCAAAGGAAGGAAAGUCAUUGGAUGUAUUUUCAUCCCAACCAGAAGGCACUCGCCACAAAGAACAAAAGGAAGAAAACCCUUUGAAACCAGCUAGUGAUAUACCCCAGGGGACCCCUGUAGAAUCAAGUUCUUUAGAGCCUGAUCCAUUACAAGACAAAUCAAUUAGUCUCUUUCAGAGGUUCAAGAGAACUUUUAAACAGUAUGGAAAAGUUAUGAUUCCAGUGCAUCUGUUGACUUCCAGUGUAUGGUUUGGAUCCUUUUACUACGCAGCCAUGAAAGGAGUGAAUGUCGUUCCUUUCCUAGAGUUCAUUGGCGUACCAGAAAGCAUUGUAAGCAUUCUGAAAAACUCUCAGAGUGGAUAUGCACUAACUGCGUAUGCAAUGUAUAAGAUUGCAACUCCUGCCAGAUACACUGUAACUUUAGGAGGAACAUCCAUUACUGUCAAGUAUCUUCGUAAGCAUGGCUACAUGUCCACGCCCCCUCCGGUAACGGAAUACCUACAGGAUAGAAUGGAAGAAACAAAAGAGCGUCUCUCAGGGAAAAUGGAGGAAACCAGGGACAUGAUUAGUGAAAAAAUGGAAGAAACAAAGGAUAGAAUAACAGAGAAGAUGGAAGAAACAAAGGAUAGAAUAACAGAAAAAAUACAAGAAACCAAAGAUAAAGUUUCAUUUAAAAAAAGAAAAGAAUAAGAAAAUGGUCAGCUUAGGUUGUGCAAAAAAUUAUGCAAUUUAACCCUUUGGAGCAUCUGGAUAUGGACUUUCUGCUUUCAUUUGGCUGGGUGGAGAAUAUCAGUGUUCGAAGGAUUAAAGAUUUCUGUAAAUUCUUUAAUGCUAAAGUUCUUUUAAAAAGAAAAAAAAAGAGAAAAUGAAUCGAGUAUUAAAAAUUCAUAUGUGCAAUGGCAACAGUGGUGGUCAGUUUUUUGUAAGUCGAGAUGCUUCUCUAAGAUCCACAAUAUUAUUCUGGCCGUCAGCUGGGAACCAGCAUUGUGUCAGACUGGUUCCUCCAUUGCCUGGGAAUACAGAUUUCUUUUUGAGAGAAAGGAGUCCUCUCCUUUUCAGUCAUAUAUUAUAUAUGCAGUGAUCUCUCUCUAACCACUGCCAUCUCCACUCUGAGGCAAACCCUUACCACUGAUGCUGCAAGUGAAUGAACUAAUGGGCCAGAUCCUUAACUAGCGUAAAAUCUCAUAGCUACACUGGCUUCAGUUGAGUUAAAACAGCUUACGCAAGUUGGGGAUCUGGAUCUUUGUUUUAAAAAAUGGUGUCUUUAAACUUUCAAAAGCCUUUCAACUGAAAAUUAUAGUAAGAUGAGUUAAUUACAGUAGCCAUGUAUGCUUUUGUUUUUAUAUAAAGUUGAAUUACAAUUGAGAAUGUUAUAGGAUUGAAUAAAAUGUUCUGACUGUAACUGCAUAUGGACUAAAGCAUAACUGGUUCAUUUUCAUCCAGAAUUAUGCUGUAAUUUACUGAAGGUGUUCCGCUUUGUACUAGCUUUCAAUAAUAAAAUAAAAAUUAAAGGGAGAUAAGUCUGCA